AUGCGCUUCACCGGUCUUCUCACUCUUACUGCGGCCGCUCUGGCUCUCGCCCACCCGGGCGAGAAACACGACCCCGUCGCUCUCAAGCGCGAGAUCCACGCGCGAGACGUACAGGCAAUCAGGGCCAGGCAGGCCCUGGACGCCUGCUCCGGCUCUGCCGAUGCUAUCCAGCUGAACGAGCGAAAUGUUGCCCGUCGUGCCCAGACUACCCGUAACCUGCGCCAGCAGCGCGGUAUCACUGCUCACCCGCAAAAGUGGCGCCGCGACCUGGCUGCCCUUGAAAAGUGGGAAGCCAUUGACCACAACAAGACCGGCAUCCUGAACUACGAGCCCAACACCCCUGAGCAGGACAUCUUCGGCGCUAACACCAGCGCCAUCCUCGCACCUACCGUUACUGACGGCCCCUACUACAUCUGGGGUGAGCUCAUGAGGCAGGAUGUGAGGGAGGAGCUCUACUCCGACGGUGUCGAUCUCUUCCUCGAGGUGCAGUACAUCGAUAUCAACACCUGCAAGCCCAUCCAGGGUGCCAUUGUCGAUAUCUGGAACGCCAACGCCACGGGUGUUUACAGUCGCAGUGGUGUUGUGGCCACCGGCAACGAUGGCGGCUGGGACACAACCUUCCUCCGCGGUAUACAAGAGUCCGACAAAGACGGCGUCGUUACCUUCCAGACCAUUUUCCCCGGUCACUACGAGGGCCGCGCCAUCCACACCCAUCUCCUCACCCACAUUGGCGCCACCGUCAACGAGAACAACGGCACCCUCCAGGUCGGCACUGGCAGCAUCGCCCACAUCGGCCAGCUCUUCUGGAACGAGGUGCUCCGGUCUGCUGUGGAGGACACCUACCCCUACAACACCAACACUCAGGAGAUCGUUUCCAACGCGGACGACAUGUGGAGUGUUGAGCAGGCUACCGACGAGUACGACCCUUUUCCUGAGUACAUCUACCUCGGCAACGGCUUGGAUGAUGGUCUUUUUGCCUGGAUCCAGAUCGGUAUCAACGCCUCGGCCGACUACACCGACAACUCCUACUACAGCAUUGCUGGCUACUACGAUGAGAACGGCGGCCACCAGAACGCUGACAGUGCUGCUUUCGGUGGUGGUGGCGAUGGCGCUGCUCCCUCUGGCGCCGCUCCUUCUGGCGCUGUGCCCUCCGGUGCUGUCCCUACCGGGACCGCCGCGCCCUCUGCUUAG